GUUUCGCCGCACCCGAGACCGUGUCGGCCCGUCGGCGCUGCAAAAACCACCACAUCCGAGUCGCGGGCGAGUCCCGCCACACGUCGCAUUCGCAACGCUCCUGUGGAGGGGAGAUUCCCGGAAAACAGCCGAAUGUGAGACCCGAAGGAAACGCCCGUUUACACCUCCGGCGCUUUGCAGGUAUUAUGAAGCGCGAAGACCGAGGCGACGCCGCGGAAGCCGUGGCGGAAACGAACGACGCCCCCAUCGACCUGACGAAAAAGUCCCACCUGGAAUCGUCGGAAGCUCCCGAUCGCCACGGCGACCUUCCCGACCACAAACAACCUAGUCCGGAGUGGCGAGUUCCACCCUUCUACCCCCCUCUGUUCUUCCUGGGUGGAGAAUCGCCCUUCCGCGCCUUCCCGGCCGUGGCCGUGGCCAACCCCUUCCUCUUGCCCUACUAUCCCGUGCUCUACCAGCAGCUGGGCCUCAGAUGCGCCGUGGUCGGCACCGAUCCGUCCUUCGACGGGGUCAACUGCCUCUAUCGAGCCGCCAGCGACACCUACCUGAAGGACCGCGUUCUCCGCAACGCGGUGGCCGCCCCCUAUCCCCGCGGCCCUCUGGCGGCGGCGGCGGACGGGGGCUUCCCUUGGGCGCCGGCGGAAACCCGCGGAUGGCCGGCCGGCAGCCGGACCAACCCGCUGCGAAAGUGCAGGUCUCUGGGAGCUCUGGCGGAAGAAGCGGGAGAAGAAGCUCCUUGCGCGCGCUCCCUCAGUUGUCCCGACCUGAGUGUCCCGGACUGCCGACGGCGGGCUCCGACGGAAGGGCCCGCGGGCAAGAGGAUGAAGAUGGAAGUCCGUCCUUCCGGGAAUUCGCCGAAGGAAGGAAACGGGACCCGGUUCCGCCGGAGAGACGAGUUCGAUCUGUCGGCCCAAUCCCGCUCCAGGUCCAUGCCUUCGGUUUCCCAAGGAGAUCAAGAGAGCUUCUUACAGAAACUUCGGCACGUGGCACCGGCGGGAUUUCCCUGCAACGUCUACGGUUACUACACCCACUUGAUGCAGAAGUAUCAGGACCACGAGGAGCUGAAGCGUAGAGUGGGCAUCGUUCCGGAAAACAGUCCUCCGGGUUCUCCGGGUCCGGAAGCCAAGAAGAGACCCACCCGGACCUUGACGGGUAAACACGUUAGACACGGGACGGGAGCCAGCCCUUCCACCCUUCUGACUCUGCGCCAGAUGAUCCAGGAGAGGCAGAGAGCCAAAGAACUGGCUCAGAGUUACGGGACCACCAACAAAUGCAAGAUGACCAGGAAGCACUCCAACAAAGCGGGAAGACGCUCUACUUAACGCCGCCGGUGCCUUAUUUCGCAACUUUAUACUUUCGAUACUCGCGCGGGACCAAAACCAAGCCCAUAGUUCCUCUACACACUUGGUCCGGUAUUUUUUUAGACGGGAGCGUAGGCUUCCACCGCCAACGGAAUUCCAGUCAUCUCGGUUCUACCCUAUUUUUGUACGUUUCUACAUUUUUAUAACAGAAGUUGUACUUAAAUCGUAUUAUCGACGAGAACCACCGCAGGUGCCUUCAUUCCACAAACGUUUAUUUAUAUGAAUUCCGAAAAGAUUCGGGACCGACUCCCCAUUCGUAUCGUUUUUU